AUGUCCAGCACACAAAAAACCUAUUUUCUCUCCCCGAAUUGGGACUACCCUCCUGACGGCCUCAUACGGCUCGGUAGCCUGAUCACGGACCCCCAAAAGCCUCAUCGUUCACUCAAUAGAGGAUCCCAAGUUGCCAUUGAUCAAGCCAACAUCGAUCAAAGUGUGAAGAAGGAAUGGGAAUUAACACGCGCACGGCUCACUGAAGUGCGCAUAGGAGUAUGGGUUAGCUUCCUUUCCAUCGUCGGCGUUGAGCCUGGUGCGGGCUACAAUCGCCAGCACGAUUCGAGCGAGAUUUACAAAUGUAAAGCACUCGAGACGAAUUGCUUCCAACCCGAUAAUACGUAUGUCUUCGAAAGCCUUCAGAACAAAUUCGUCCAGAGCUAUAUCAUCGAUAAUGGGCAUAGGCUUCCUGUCUAUAUGAUAACCGGAGUCAAGAUCGCAAGGGGUUUCAGGGCUACAACGACGAGCAGCAAGACACAAGGCGGGGAUGUGAAAUUGGGUGUCAACACGGCGAGUCUUGGGGCUCCAGCGCAGGCUGGACCCGCCUUCAAGAUUUCAUUUACCAGUUCCGAGGCGGCGUCGUUUGGAGCUGGUGAGGGAUCGACGGAUUGCGUGUUUGCAUACCAGCUGAUUAAGAUACGGUCGAAGAGAAACGAUAAGUUUACCGAAGAGGAAUUUUAUAAGGGGGCACUACUGAAUACGGAUGAAGAAGAAGAGGGAUGCUGCAUACUUGACCAAUUGAGUGAGGACUGGGACGUGGCCGAAGUUUAUAUGGACAUUCCCCACCGCACUGAGCAGAGUCCAGGUGCUGGGGAGAAGAAUGCGUUCCUCACUGUCGAUGAAGAUGGUGGUAAAGCUUGCGUUGUUGUGGUACCUGAAUAAUUGGUCUUGGGAAAGCACUUAGAGUUCGUCUCAUUUGAAUUGGAUCCCCAUAUAUUCGUCAUGCUCUAGCCUACGUUCUAUCUCUCAAGCGUUGGAGUAUCAUGUCCAUAACUGAAUCCAUUUUAUAUCCCUUCUUAGCCUGCAGCAAUCGCCAUGGUCGUAUAUAAUCGUACGUGUCUCUCUCACCCGCCAUAAGAGCGAAAACCUCUCGCAUACCGACAAUUGUUUUCAACUUCCAAAAAUGCUCCACCUCAUCAAUACUGAAACUUGCGGAAUUUCUAUACAAAUGCAAUCCCGCCAACUCUAGCAUAAUGGCUGCGAUUCCCGCCGCAAUGGGAGUCGCACAAGAGGUUCCUGAUUUCCGUACCUCAUGACCCUGAUUCAAGUGCAUGGGCCAACUUGACAUGACAUCCU